CUCUUGCAUCAGAAACAUCUAGCUUGUGACAGUAUUUCUUCAGUUGUCUGUUUAAACUUCGGUUGAAUAGUGUUUGAUACGACGAUAAGUUGGGCGAUUAUCUCAAUAGUGCAUUGGAAAAGAGCUUGGUGGAACAAAUUUAUAGAAGAGCGUAUUCACAGUACAAAUACGAAACUUAUCUCUAGCUGAACGACAAAAAACGUUUAACGUCAGCAACAAUUGAACGGCCACCUCGUACGAUUCAAUUAAUGUCAGUCAGAGCGAAAAGUUUAUCAUCGAAAGAGUUUGAAGUUAUCAUCAAACCUCUGUAUUUGAAUACAACCGGAAAUUAAUGCAUCCUGAUACCAGCUUCACAUAAAAAGCAGCCUGUGGUGCGUUCUACGGUCGAUUGAUUUAAGAGGUCAAAAUUGCUCCGAUAAGCAUAUUGAAUCGUCUCAGAACUGAGCCUCUUACUGCGUACAGACUCUGCCAGAAGACCAGAAUCACGUACACACAUAUCAUCCCGUGCCGCCAUAUGUUUAAUUUCAAUCAAAAAGUAAACAUACCAGAAUCGAUGUUGACAAAUGUGUUCAUAAAACAUUUUAUAAAUUCGAACGUUACAUAACCUCCUGCGUGGAACGAAUCUUUUGAUUCACCAACUUUGUUGUGUGUGGGCACACUCACUGGAAAUCGACUUUUUUCUUCGCCACGGAAGCGGUAGAUAGCAAAAGGAGCGAAUCAUCUGUAACAAGUUGAUUAAUCAGAAUUACCGUUGCGUCUAUACUGAGGUAGCAAGCAACAGCAGAGGAACUGCAUCGCGUUACUAGAGUAGACAUAGGAAUUGGAAUGAUGAAUCUUAAAAUUCUCAGUCUACUGGCCAUGCUGGCCAUGUUGGCGCCGCUUAUCAGCGGUCGGGCUGUGGACCUUGACCAGGACAACUCGCUGUCUGCAUCGUCUUCCGGGUCACGUAUGCCAAGGCCUAAUUUUGUAAAAAUUACAUCGCCUCCUCCCCUACAAAUCACCCAAAUUCGCGGAAAUACAAUCGAGCUCGAAUGCGAAGUCAUGGGUUCGCCAACUCCAUACGUACAGUGGGUGCAUGGAAGUGGACAGACGGUAGAAUGGGAUGACGUGAGCAUGAAUAUCGUCAGCGAAAGUAGUGCUACCACGAUGGCACGCGUUGUAUCGCGGCUAGUAUUGGAUCACCCAUCACAUGCCGCUGAGAGUACAUACACUUGCAUCGGUCGUUCGGGAGGUCAAAUCGCGGUAGCUUCGACCACAGUCUAUCAUGCGGACUCACAGCGCUCCAACUAUACCGAUCUUCUCAAAUCCGGUCAUCAUAUGUUUAUGCAUCUGAAGCCAGCCCGAGUCACUCUGCACUACAAGGCGCUGUUCGAGUACAUGGGUUCGACGGUGAUUCUACCAUGUAAAACUGUGGGUCGACCAGUACCGGAAGUCACCUGGAGAAACGAAGAAGGCAAUGCCGUGAGUAGUAUUCAAGAUUCACGUUUCCGAGUUCUGCCCUCCGGGGAGUUGAUUAUCAACGAUUUACGAUGGGCCGAUAUGGGGUCCUACACCUGCGUUGCCAAGAACGCAAUCUCCAAGGAUGAAGCGGAAACUUUCCUGUAUCCAAUUCGACCGAACUAAUGCAUUCAAAAGGGUAACGAACCAGAGAGAUGAACAGUGAAACACUCUAGGAUCAUGAACCAUAGUUACUAUUUUCAACAGUCAGUAAAAGCUUAUGCCAUUACACUUAAAUUAAUCACCAUCGUGUGUGACAAACCUCAUUCAAUGUAAUUUAUUUUUGAGCAAGUAUUUCAAAAUAUCCACGGUCACGAUGUUCACUCGUUCUCUGCUUCCCUUUCGGAGGAUCGAGAAGAUAUUCCGAAUUGGGUUACAGAAGGGAAAUGUUAGUCCGGGGAUAUUAGUUUAUAUAUAAGGUAUAUGUUUACGAGUCAUCAUGCACAACAGAAUCAUUUAAACUUGUCAUUGAAUUUGUAAAUGUAUAUAGUUCUAAGUUACGCAUAAUUAUGUAUUUCUCAAUUGAUCUUCAAAGAAUCUGAACAUAGCACAAAAUGAAAAAAAAAGAAUAAUUCGGAAUUUUUAUUCAAUAAACCUGUUGCUUUAUCGUUACGAUUCCAGAUUUCUGUACUUAGGACUAUCCACAAGAUACAUUUUUUCAAACCUUUUCUGUUAUUUCUGACAUGGACCAUGUUAGAGUUGUAGUUGUACAACGGUAUGUUACUUAGUUUGUGAUAGAUAUUAAGUUGAUGUAAAGUCUCGUAUUUAUAAUUCUACCAGAGCAAAAAACCAGACAAAGCCGGUGCCAUGUAUAACAACGGAAAAUAAAUUGCAUUUCAAAAAUUUUGUAUCUCUUCCGAAAAAAAUUAAGAGGAAUCUCAGCCAGUACACAUUACGGCGCAUUUAUUUGCCAAGUGUUAAAAUAAUCUUCAAUGAAUGUAAACAGUUAUGAAACAAUCCGAUUGAAUUGAAUAAAAUGUACAACUCUA